AUAUAAAACUUCACUCAUCGGGGGAUCAUCCAAAGGCUAUUUUGAAGUCGUCUAAGAAGGAGCCCUCUUUUCUGCUAAGAACUGUUGUCAACCAAAACUCUCUGUCAACCAUGGCUUCAAAGCUCUUUGUCAUCACCCUCGUCGUCAUGCUGGUCGGCACUGCAUGCGCCAUGUAUGACGAUGAGGGCAACGGGUACGCGGACGGCGAUGGCUACGGACUCGAUGGCGGCUACCAGAUGGACCAGUUCCUUGAUGAACUUCAUCCCAUGCUGGCGAUCAAGCGAGAUAACAACAGAGAUAAGGCUGCUAAAAAGUACAAAAGUUGUGCUCCAGUGCAGGGAUCUCAUCAAGAAUGCUGGUGCCACAGACGAUCCGGGAAAAUCUUUCAGUGCUUCGGUGCCUUUGGCGGCAAAAAAUAGACCAUCAGCAUGCGUGGGAAAAUGGCGUUCUGCUACAUACUGUAGUUAACCAAACCGGACUGUCAUGAUCGAAAUCAAUCUACUUGCCGUAUCUUAAAUCCAAAUGUUUUACUUACAUCCUUUGUACAAUCAAUCGGGUAAUUUCCUUCAUACAAUGAGUCUGUCAAGUGUUUAGAUGUUGGAGUUAUCAGUAGUAUUUCCAUAAGUCACCCUACACUGGAUAAAAGCAAAUUAAGAACAUCUGAAUCAUUACGAAGAUGUUAAAGCAUCAUGUUUUUGACAAUUUUAUUGUGGGGUCGUUUUUUGUGUCUCGUGUUAUACUGUUAAGUCUAUUUUACAUAAAACCUAAUCUAACACCGCAAUAUGUGACCUCUCUGGCGUGGAGGGUGCUGUGAAAGCUUGGUUAGGGGGGGGGGCAGGGGGCAGUGUAGGGGUUGUAGUAUGUCUUUAGAUAGGUGGACUUUUAGAAUGUACUGACUACAUGUUGCCUAUCCUGUGUGAUAGAUGGAAUUAGGGAUAACAUUUUCAAUCGACGCUCAAAAAUACAUAGAUUGUGAACAUGACUUUAUGUGAAUAAAGAUUCCCCCUUAACAUCAACUUAAA